AGAACCAGCGGCACCGCGACGACGAACGGCCCAAUGUGGUGAUAUGCCUCUGGAGUCGGCGGCUGGCUGGAGACAAUCCCAGGAAUGCGAGGAGCCGUGAAGUUUGCACCAGAUCGCCCGGCAUCGACUCGACUUCUCCCCAAGCUCUCGCAGGCGCCGCUCACAAGGGUCCGGCAUCGUUCCCAGCACUUCUCUGCCCUAGCUCGCCCAUUUACUACUCCAGGUUUAUAUCACGCUCCUAGAGCCCCUUCUACAGUCGCUCCUGGAAGCUCUGAUUGGCAGCAAUGGCGAGCAAUCUCUGCUGGGAACUCGACUUCCUCGCUGCAGCCAUCAGGAUGGAGGAACUACGGGGGACUAGGGCAGACGCGGCAGCGACAUGAUGCAUCCACGGGUCUCCUCUCAUCAAACGAAUCUCUCGCCACAAGGAUCAGCAAGAGUCUCGAAGACGCCGAGGUUGAGGUCCAGCCCUACGAUGCCGCCACGUGGGAGGCCGUGUGCGACAUUCUAUCAGACAAGCAUGGAUCCGACGGCGUCUGGGCUGUCUUUCAGGCCAUUUGGCACCGGGAGAAGCAUGACAUGAUCAUCUUCCGCGAUGCAGAAUCUCUGCGUGAUAAAAUUCUCUCGGCGGCGCUGGGCUCGGAUUUGCGGUUAUCUGCACUUUUCACCGCGGCCCAGCAGUUGCUCGCUGAGUACGAUUUUCAAUGGCCCGGUUUUUACACGAGAGUGCUGCGCUUUUUCCUCGAGCGUGGCGCAUAUAAAGAGGCAAUCCACUGGGAUCAGCAGCUGGCACCCGUCUUUCCAACUGGAGCGGAUGAGUUUGGCGCUUUGCUGGCGACCUUUGUCGUCAAGCCUACUCCUGAGAUGCAAACCACCUUGACGACGCUCUAUGUCUCCAGCGCGAACCGCCAACUAUACGACUACAUCAUACCAGCUCUCUUUGCUUCUGGCCAAUCGCAACUGGCCCGCACCUGGCGCAAAAAACUUAUCUUGUUCAAGGACUUUCCGUUGACAUCCAAAUGUCGACCGUUUCUACUGUUCCUUGCCAGCUACUAUCCGCACAUACAACUCACGGAGAGUGAGCUUAUGGUUGCUGAUCUCGAUCGUCAAGAAUUAGCUGAGGCGGAUGACGAUGAGUCUUCAUUCGAGGUCGUUAGCAAGAGCGUCGAUAGAAGGGGCUCCCACAGCGACGCACUUGUUGCGAAAUGGCUUGCCAGCACAUGGGCAUCCGUGGAGUUUGCCAUCAACGUCAUCUAUAAGCUCGGGGUGCGAACAAUCGGCCCUCGCUCUCUGCAAGCCCUUGCGCUGCGAGACCCCGAUGCUAAAGAAGUCGCGACACGCAUAGAUCAGAUCGAGAGGCUGGGUAUGAGAAUAUCACCUCACGCGUAUUGCAAGAUUCUGGCUUCAUUUGCAAGAAAUGGGUCAGACGAGCUGUUGCAAGACCUGAUCCAUUGCGACAUCCACCCAGACGAAUUCGAAGACAUGGAAACUCGACACUCUCUCAUGGCCGAGGCAGCAAGGACGGGAGACUGGAAGAUGGAACGGCUCCUUCAGGGUAUCGAAUGGGCAAUCGAGACGGGACCGACAUCUCGACGCCUCAACUCCCUGCUCCGGAAUGAGCUUUCCAAGCGGAGCUUGGGGAAAGCAAAGCAAGUGCUUGAUCGCAUGGAAGCACUGAAGAUCAGCAUGGCCCAAGCCAGUGCGACGGGGCUCCUGAGGCGGGUGUUUUGGAAGCUCGACACUCAUCCUGCUCAGCGACAACAACGACCUCCCAUUGAGAUCGAUAACCCUAUGCUGGAUCGAGCGCUCAACGUCAUACGCCGCGUCUCAUGCCAUGAAGUCGCCAUUCCUACAAAGUACUGGACAACGCUUCUCUACAAUCUGGGUCGCUCCAGACGCCUUGAUGACCUCGAGCAGCUGAGCUUGGAGAUUAUGCAGUUCUACACACCUCCGUACGGAGGGUUAGUGCCUGUGCACCGGGAAGAUUUACCGAAGCACUUCAACACGGAGGAAAAGGAAUAUAUACCAGCAGACUUGCCGUUCGUGCACCACCAUCACCCCGUUCGGCUCAUCUUUGAUACUUCGCUGCAGCGCUCCAUCGUGAGAUGGGGAUUCGACCAGACUCUGGCGACCAAACCCCGGUCAUCAACGUCUCUUACGCAGUCAGGGGCGGCAGACUUUUCGCAGUUUGAUGUCGCCCGCGGAGUCCGUCUAUUGGCUGUACUACGAGACCAGGGUGCCUUGAUUGACACACAGGUGGUCCGCUCCAGCAUCAUCACCCGCAUCGCGACCUCAUUGGUCCCUGGGCGGCCUAGACAUCGAUCGAGGGACAGCGUUGAGUUCUCUGUAGAGCAUCUGGUACGCUUGGCCGAGGAGGCAUGGGGCUCAGAGAUGUUUCCCGACGUGCCGGCAGCAGUUCGAGAAGUUGACGACCGAGUAUCAAAGUUAUGGCACCGAUACCCAAGAUUAAUCGACAGGACUCUGGAUAACACCGUACAUAAGAGGAGGUACAAGCCGAAUAACGAAGGACAGUUGGAUAGUUAGGAUCUAUAUCUGGGCACACGCAGGAGAGGCCCCUUUGUACAAUAUCUACACAGAAACUUGUAAUUAAGUCUAAUCAAAACCGAUAACUCCAGGUGCAUUGUUGUUUGUUCCUGGGCAGCAUUAUUCACUCCCCUUGUUGAUGGCACGAUCAUACGUCCUGAAGCAGAACGACCACCAA